AUGUGCUACAUCGCAAAAUUGGGGUUACAAUUACUAGCCAAAUUGUCAGAUAUACGAUUCCGAUUAUCGGGCCUUACCCGGCCCAUGGACUCUAUGGCCCACGACAUGUUUCGCGACCCUACCUUCGACGAUCCCCAUGCCAUGGCCUUUCUCGAUUGUUUGCAAAAAUCGGUUUCCGACACUGCAUCACAUAUCACUCAGCUACUCAGUGACAACGUUUGUAAAGAGUUCUACUUGCCUACAACACCUAUUGUAGGCCAACCUUACACGGAAUCUGGAACUCUUUUGGACACUUUCAAGGCUCUUGCGCAAACCAAUCUUACCAUAGACACGGGAAAUGCUACUAGUGUCCAAUUCCUAACAAAAAAGGGGCGAACGACCUGUAUCGAAGCCAAAUUAUGCCAACGAACAGUCUUUUAG